UGAGUUUUACACUGCGACCCCUGCUGGACUGGAGGUCAACACGUUUUAUUAAUCUACUCGUGCGCAUGUGCGGAGGAAGCGUGUGAGACGUAAAUAGCUAACAGGAGAAACAAAAAUGGAUCCACAGAAAGAAACCCAGCCACCGAAACAGCAACCCAUGAUCUACAUAUGUGGCGAGUGUCACACCGAAAAUGAAAUUAAAGCCCGUGAUCCAAUCCGAUGCAGAGAGUGCGGUUACAGAAUCAUGUACAAGAAGAGAACAAAGAGAUUGGUCGUCUUUGAUGCUCGAUGAAGAGAGGGCGAGCAGUGGUUUUGACAGUUGUUGUUAUGUGCUAUUUUUGUAGUAUAUUAUCAUGUAAAUAAAUACAUUGCCGGUCCUGACAUCAGAUUACUAAAUUGUUCUCAAAACUUGCAAUUCCAUGUUAGGGCAGUGCUUUUUUACUUUGCAAAUUUUGAUUAAUUGAAAACAUUUUCAAAUUAAAAACAUUUUCUCUUUACCUUGA